UCCUUGCAGCCUCAUUUUAUAGUGAUAAUUGCUGCUGUAACCCUUAGAAGUUCCUAUGAGCUUCCCUGGGAUGACAGAGACCUGCGGCUUGAGGGCACACCAGGCUCAAGAUCUGGUCUACGCUGUCUGUUUCUGGAUAGAUCCUAAUUGGAGGGUUCUAUGGAUAGCUUAUAUGAGCCAAUCCCAGUACAGCAAACUAACCAAGAACCUAGUGGAGCUGGUUCUCCUACCUCACUCCAUGGGGAGAGUGGACAAACAAACCCAAAUGCCUUCUUGGAAGUUUCUCAUUUUGUGAAUGGAAAACCAAGAAAGAAAAAGUCAUUCCGGAGAUUUACAUCUGAAAAUAAAAUAUUUGAUCUAAAUGAAGAUGAUUUUCUUUUGAAUACUAACAUAGAUACGCUUCAAGAAAAGAAAAUUCAAGGACCUUCCUAUCAGGCUAUUAAAUCAGGUUGUGACCCAGUGGAAUCAAUGGGGACAUUAAAGCGACUACAGAAACUGGGGUGGACCAAGAAUGCCAGGGUGUCCAAUCAGGAUGAGGUGAAGCCGACACUAAUAAAUCUCCAAGAUGAAGAUGACACAUUGGUUUCCUGUAUGAAAUUAACUAAAUCCCAAGAAAAGAAAGUCAACAAUGUUAAUACAAGGACAAAAGAGGAAAUGGAUAUUAGAUUGGAGUUUCUUUCUUCAUCCCUGGAUAGAUACAGCACUUCGAGUGGAUACAACUUAAAAUUACCUCAUUGUGAAGGUGAAGUCCCAGUGUGGAGCAGCUGGAAAUCAUUUCCAGAAAACUCUCUAGGCACAUGUGCUGAUUUCCAAAUUGCCAAAAUUGGACCUUGGGGCAACCACUUCUUCUGUGCUCGCCACUCAUUUCUCAAAGCGUCUUACACAGAUAUGGAUCUCGCACAUUUGUGGCGCAGCAGCAGUUUUGGGAAUUUUGAUCGUUUUCGGAAUAAUUCCAUUUCAAAACCAGAUGAGUCAACUGAGGUGCAUGAAGGGGAACCCAUAAAUGAAAAUGGAGAACAAAACAAAGCUUCAAAUAAUGGAGGAAGUCUGAGUAAAAAGAUGAGAGGCAUCUCAUGGACAAUGAAGAAGAAAGUGGGGAAAAAGUACAUCAAAGCCCUUUCUGAGGAAAAGGAUGGGGAAGACGGAGAGUUUGCUCUGCCAUGUGGGAACAGUGACCCCGUGAUUGGGACCCACACAGAGAAGGUCACGCUCAAAGCCAGCGACUCCAUGGAUAGUCUCUACAGUGGGCAGAGCUCAUCAAGUGGUAUAACAAGUUGUUCAGAUGGCACAAGUAACCGGGACAGUUUUCGACUGGAUGAUGACAGCCCCUACACAGGACCAUUCUGUGGUCGGGCCAGAGUACACACAGAUUUCACACCAAGUCCCUAUGAUACCGACUCCCUGAAAAUCAAGAAAGGAGACAUCAUAGACAUCAUCUGCAAAACGCCAAUGGGAAUAUGGACGGGAAUGUUGAACAAUAAAGUAGGAAACUUCAAGUUUAUUUAUGUUGAUGUCAUCUCAGAAGAGGAAGCAGCCCCUAAGAAGAUAAAGGCACACCGAAGGGGUGAGAGGGAAAAACCUAAGACUCUUCAGGAGUUCUUAGAGAAGAUUCACCUUCAGGAAUACACCUCAACACUUUUGCUUAAUGGGUACGAGACUCUAGAAGAUUUAAAGGAUAUAAAAGAGAGUCAUCUCAUUGAAUUAAACAUUGCAAACCCAGAAGACAGAAUGAGGUUACUAUCAGCGGCUGAAAGCUUCCUUGAUGAAGAAAUUAUGGAAGAAGAAGAAAAUGAAUUAAGCCCAGACAUAAACUUAAAGAAGUCACAGUUAGACAACUGCCCAAGGGACUCUGGUUGUUAUAUAUCAUCAGGAAAUUCAGAUAAUGGCAAAGAAGAUCUGGAGUCUGAAAAUCUGCCCGACAUGGUACAGAAGAUAACUAUCACAGAGUAAAGUCACUGAACACAUAUUCUCGACUGUAUAUCUACAGAUGCAUUCCACUUUAAACUUCUUUUGUAGUAUACAAUCAGCUGGAAUAACAAAGAUAUUUGUAAAUAUGACCCGAAGUUAAAAUGUUUUAAUCUGCAUGAUUGUACAUAAAAGUUUGCAUUUUAGAUUUUCAUAUUAAUUAUAAAUAAAAUGUAUAUUUAUUUUUAAAAGUAUGUUAAUAUUUCACUUACCUCUAUUAGACAAACUUACAAUGUAAGACUUUGCCAUGUAUAACGUAUGCUUUAUUUGACUUUAUUUUACAAAACCACGAUGAAAUCUGAGAGAAAUAGAUACUUUUUUCUCAUUUUUCUGAAUUGAUUUUCUGUAAAUUAUUAAUUGAAUGAUAAUGAGGGAUAUUUGUUUUGAAUCAGCUUGCUCAAAACUAAACACUUGCUCUUGUAUUUAUUAGGAAAGUGUGUUACUGUUGGAAGUAUUUUACCCUGAUCCAUAUUAGCUUUAGUAAUUAUUUUUGUUUAUGUCUUUACUAUAUUACACGUAGAAAAUAUAGAUAAUACAUUGUCACUUUUGAUUUAGUAAAUACUUUUAAUAAUUAUGUUGCUGUUUGUGUUCAAGUGUAAAUAUGUUUCAAUUGAAUAACCUAAUGUUAAUAAAGAAGAACUGUACAUGCUG